AUGCAUGAAAAAGAAGGAGAAGAAGAUGAAGUAAAAAGCAUCGACAUUGUUCAUGAAGACGAUACGUACAUCGUCUUCCAGAACGGUUUGCGAUUGAGCAAACCGUACGCGUUUGAUUUCAUCGCCAACGUCAAGAGAAGAUGGUGCGAGGUUGAAAAUGAAGAAGAGAAUAACAUCGUUGAUAUCUUUCACAAGGAGUUUCCGAAUUUGCCGAGAGAGUACUACGCGCAAGCUUUCAAAGAUGGACGGUUACGCGUAGAAGAUAAAAACGCAUCUUCUGUAUCUCGGAGUCACAAAAAGAAGAGGAAAAAAGAAGACGACGAGAAAGAAUAUUUUCCAGCCUUGGUUCCAGGACAAACCGUUCGCCACUUGGUGCACAAACACGAGCCGCCGGUGAUUUGUUCCGAGAACGAGAUUGAAAUUUUAGAAGAAGUAGACGAUAUCGUCGCCGUGAGAAAGCCGGCAACUGUUCCGGUGCAUCCAACCGGACAGUAUCGAAACAAUUCAGUGGUGGAAAUCUUGCGUCAACGUUUACCAGAGAUGAAUGAUAAAAAGAAUACUUCUCCUCCUCCUCCUUUGUUACCUUUGCACAGGCUCGAUAGGAACGUUUCUGGGUUGUUGCUCAUGGCAAAAACGUCCAAGGCGGCUAAGAUUGCGACAGAUUUAAUCGUUUCAAAUAAAGUUCGAAAGGAGUACGUCGCGAGAGUGAAAGGUUUGUUCAGUAAGGAAACGACGUGUGAAGUACCUCUUGGGUUUUGCGGCAAAACGCACGUCGCCACGUGGCCAUCUGAUUCUUCAACACCUUCUCCUUUAUAUAAAUCAGCCAAGACGUCGUUUACACUGAUCAAACACUUUUCAGAACUGGACGAAAGCUUAGUGCGAUGCGUUCCAGAAACCGGGCGAACGCACCAAAUUCGAGCGCAUCUAAAAAUACUCGGACAUCCAAUUGCGAACGAUGUCGUAUACGGCGGCCGAUUGUCGCCGAGACAAACGAAGCUACAAGACGAGUAUCAGAAAAUGUGCCAUAGUUUCACACUCAACGACGACCGUCUUCGUCGCGAGGACGCAAGAGCUGCUGCUACCAAUGACGACACUUUUAAAUGGGAUAAAAUCAAACAUACCACCGAGUGUCCACAUUGCCCGUUGGUGUGUUGGUUUGGAAGUCGCGCGACGCACGAUUUGGAAGCUAUUUAUUUACACUGCAUCAAGUAUAGUUUUAAAGAGAGUUGGACGUUUGAGUGUUUGCCGUUACCGAACUGGGCAGAGGAGGGUUCGUUUUAA